UUUAUUAUUGAUUAAAGAUGGCACUUGUAUACGCAUGUUUGGAUGCCGGAUAUAUGCGGCGCUCGAAGCGAAAUUAUUAGUUUGGUUUCUAUUAACCAAGAAUACGGUUUUACACCAUAAUAAAGUUGUAAUUAAUUAUUGAUCCACCAGAUCUUAUACUCUCUCUUCAUUCGGUCUACAACUUUCUUCAUUUUUUUUAUGAAUUAAAAUGAUACAUUUAUUCACAGGAUUAUAAAUCAAGUAAACAGUGAUAUUUACAUUAUACAUAUGAUGAAGUUAUAGGUUAUACAUUGUUUAUUAUACAAAUAAUAUUUAUUAUAGUAUAAUUAAGAAUUUUAAAAACGUGAGACUAUGGCAUCAAUGGAUAUUAACCUAGAAAAUACUAACGAGAAACAAUGUAAAAAUAUACGAUCUGCGUUUUACAAGAAACCAAUUAAAAAAUAUAACUAUAAAUUAGAUGUUGACAGCAUUUACAAUCCUCAGGAGUUGAGACGACAACAACUUUUAGAAAUUCAAAAAAAAAAUAGAAAUAUCGUGUUUAAUACUAGACGAGACAUAUUGGAUAUUUUUAACUCUGACAAUGAAGAUAAAGAAUAUAUGGAAAUUGAACAUUACAACAAGCCUUGGAAAAAAUAUGAACGAUGUAAACAUUAUGCGAAUCAAUUUAUGCUGUCAGAAUGGAUGUUCGAAGCACCUCAAGAUAUUCUAGAAAAAUGGAUUGUAGUUCCUUGUCCCGAAGGCAAAAGAACUUUACUAAUUGCGCACAAAAAUACAACAAAGGCUUUUAAUAGACGUGGUAACAGACUAGGAAAAUUUCAAUCUGCACUGCCAGGAGGAAGUUCCAGUGAACAUCAUAGUCGUUGCACUAUUUUGGAUUGUAUAUGGGUAGAAAAUCGAAAAACAUAUUAUGUUUUGGAUGUACUGGCAUGGUCUAAUCAAUCCCUUUUAAAUUGUGAUACAGAAUUUCGAUUUUUUUGGUUAAAAUCAAAAUUUCAAGAAAUACAAGAGUUACAAAAAGGUGAUACCUGUAACAAUAAAUAUCCUAUUUUAUUUCUUCCACAUAUAAAUUUUGAUUGCAAUCUUGAAUCGUCGUUAGGAAAUUUAUAUGCAUUAGCACCAUUAGAUGGAUUAUUAUUUUAUCAUCGUGAUGGACUAUACACUAAAGGUCAUACACCUCUUGUGACAUGGUUGAAACUUUUUAUGUUACCUGAAAUACUUGGAAUAUCUUUAUCUCCAUUCGACGAUAAACCUGAUGGUUAUGUAGAUAUCAGACAUUAUUUAUUGAAUCUCAAGGAAAAGAAAAAUAAUGCAAAACCAUUGACAACUAGUAUGGAUAUUGUGGAUGAGGAAGUCGAAAUGACAUAAGUUUUACCUUAAACAUAAUAGAUGACUGAAAAAAUGAACAAUAUAAAUAUAAAAGUAAUUAUUAUAUUAUUUAAUAUUUAUAAACAUGUUAUCUUUAUACAAUAUUAAAAAGAAGUGAAAUAUUUAAAAAAUUGAAAUAUUAAAAUGUUAAAGAAAC